AUGCACUGACCAGCUGUUAAUCUGAUGACCAUUUAUAGAUGUUAAUUACAGCAUAGGUGGAAUAAGGUGAUGUACUGUAAUCAUAUUUUAUGACUGGAGGAAAGAUAAUUCACUGUAUAUAAGAGCUGGUCUCUGUCGUCUUCAGCAUCCUCACUCAGACCGACACUGAGAAAGAAGAAGAGAAAAUAAUCCUCCAGCAGGUUAUUAUCAACUGAGACGUCUGCAUCAUCUCCAUCAUGAAGACUCUGACUGUGACUGCACUUCUCUGUGCCGUGAUGGCGCUGACCACCGCUGCUACUCUUUCAGAGGUGAAGGAUGUACAGGAAGCUCUGGAAAAACCUGGAGAAGGAGAGCAUCAAGUCGUUGAGAGGUCAACAUCUUGUCCUGGUGGUUGGAGAAAGAUCAAUGGUCGCUGUUUCCUCUACGUCCCACGAGCCCUGAAUUGGGCUCAAGCUGAGAGAAACUGCCAGUCCAUGGGUGCAAACCUUGCCUCUGUAUAUCGAGCUGAGGAGGACCAUGAGCUUCAAAGGAUGAUCAGAGAUGUAACUCAUGGACAUCCACGGACAUGGAUCGGAGGAUCUGAUGCUGCAAUGACGGGUGUUUGGCUCUGGAGUGAUGGUACCCCUUUCAGAUUUUCCUACUGGUGCAGCGGAGAGCCGAAUAACCGGGGCAAUGAGCACUGUGUAGAGAUGAAUGUUGGAGGCAGUAAAUGCUGGAAUGACCUGAGUUGUCACUACAACCGUCCGUCUGUCUGUGCCAAGAACAUCUGAAGACUCCUGGUGUGACACAGAAGCAUGCAGUCCCUGCAAAAAGCACAAACGAUGGCGGAUGUGUGUUUGUGUGUGUUUGCAAACUCGUCUCUCUUCAUGCCGUCAGUCUCAAAUGUAACCUGAAGGCUCUUAUAUCUGAUUUCAUAUCUUUAUUUUUCUUUUCUAUCGCUGUAACGCUACUCAAGGAAUGAAGCGACAUGUAAAGUAAAGAGAAGCUGGAUGGUGUCUGAGGCCUCGUGCCUUUAAUCAGAGCACACUGAAUGUGUUGUGGAAAGAAUGCUUUUAGCUCAACCUUACAUAUAUUGUGAACUGUUCUUUCUUUACUCCUGCAAAAUUAAAGUCUCAAG